UGUGGGCCACAUUCAGAGGAGCGCAAACUCUACGCACUUCACUACCAGAGUUGUUAAGAGCCUUUUUAGGAACCAUUCAAUAUACGUUCAAUAGUGAUAUCCUUGGUUGUGGACAUUUAGCAAAUUUCGGCAAAGUCGGUAUCAGGAAGCUUUUGGAAGAAUGAAAAACAAGUCCUGCUAACUUCUCGAGUAGCAACGGCAGUGCCUGGCAGCCAAGCGACAUAGCUAGCAUUCAAAAGGAAACAGUAAAUUAUCCUUUUAACAGACGACUGAAAUGAGCUCGCCAGUAAACUUUCUGUAGAGUUUGGUUUGUGACAGUUAGGCUUGGUCCUUAGAAGUUUGCUGGGUUUUUUUUUCUAGCGAGAGACCAAGCGGCACUUUGGUCUGGUAGUCGGUCCAUGCGUGGGAGGGAGGGAUGUGUAGCCGCGGUGGAGUCGGGGUCGCCCGGGGCAGCUCUGGGCUGCAACCGAUGAAGGCGACAGUUCUCUUCCAGCUCAACAACAGCAACAAGGCUCAGACGACUUUGAGAGAUGCCAAGUCAGCCUCCGGCUCAGAGAAGCAGCUCUGGAGCUCCCUAACCGGGCAGACGGCACAGCAUAGCCCGUCUCUGGACGCCAUUGUGGGGCCAUAUCUGCACGGGCACUGGCCUAAAGAUGCCACACACUACAAAGACAAGGCCACACAGACUCCAGCCUCGUGGGCGGAGCAUCAGCAGGGCGGACCAAUAGGAGGCCUCCACAAGCGCUCAGCAUCAUGGGGCAGUGCAGCACACAAAGAGGUGUCUAGGCAGCGUCAGCAGCAGCCGUGUGCAGUGGUGCAGGGCGGCAGUCUGGAUCGCAGGAGGAUCCAUGCUCUCACUCAGGCCGGAAACAGCUUCUCACCACCUCUUCCCCAGAGCCAGCCGGUGCCCAUCCCCCUGAGUGCUGUCCACACUCGUCUGAGACACAGCGAGGAGAAACUGGACCAGGAGCUGGAGACCAUCUUCAAACAGCACUCGACACUGCUACACGCCAAUGAUUUCCUGGUGCCUAACGGUCGGCGUGGUCCGGUGCCCCCCUACAGCAGUGGCAGCAUCUACUCCUCCUCCUCUCCUUCCUCCUCCGCCUCCCUCUCCUCCUCCAUGUCACCGGGAGCCCUACACAUCACCUUCCCCUCUCCUCCUCCUGUCAUCUUUACACAGGACACCGACGGAGGCGGGAGUGGGAGUGGGGGUGACGUGCCGUCUGCGGCCCCAGCUCCGAUCUCCUGUGUUGGGGAAGGGAAGGCCCCUCUCUCCUCCCCUGCACCUCCAGCCUCCCCGUCCCCUGUGCUGCUGUCCUCGUCCCCGCUGCCCAACAAGAGUGUGUGCUUCCAGAGGGAGCCGCCAGAGGGCUGCGAGAAGGUGCCCGUGUGCGAAGAAGUACUGUCGUCCAAUGUGACUCGAGCCCCCGUCGUCCCCUCCUGCCCGGACCUAGAGAAGGUCAACUUCACCCCUCGCACAAACUCCACCUUCUGCCCUGUCAAUCAGCACAAGCCCCUCCCACCCACCACAGUGGACUUCCUGUUUCGCAACCUAUCGCUGGCGGGCCAGACUGGGGACGGGAACGCCCACGCCUGACUGCAGGACCAAUGGCAGGAGAGUUAGAUUCGCCACAUAAGGGCAUUUGAGAUGAGUAAAGUAUGGUAGCAAUAGUAUGUAUGGUGUGUAUGUGCAUGUGUUUGUGUGUUUUUUGUCUCUGUGAGUUCAGGGAGAAGUGAGCGCAGUCUACCCUUUCAUCAACUGUUUCAAUCUUUCAAGGGUGUAUGUGUUCUUUUCUUUCAUAUAUUUUUGUUUGUUUUGUGUAUUUUUUUGUUUUGUUUUCCUCCUCUUGGACCUGAUACAAUGGGGUUAUCAACCAACUGGCCAUAGGUGUGCGUGUGUUUGUGCGUGCGUGCGUGCGUGUGUUUGUGCGUGCGUGUGUGUGUGUGUGUGUACAUGCUUGUGCGCGUGUUGUAUGUAUUUAUGUAUUUUUGUGUUGUAUUUCUGCCCAAAGGAAUGACGUGUUGCCAUGGGUAUGGGUCACAUAGCAAGGGCACUACUACGUGGGUACAUAACGGGCACCUACAGGGGGCGCAAUAUAAUGGUACAUGUAGAAAGGGGGGCCACAUUGGGCUUAUCAAAUGGUGGUAGUUGUCUUUUUCAACGAAGUUCUCCAGCCAAAGUCGUAACGGCACCAAAGCAUAUGAUGUAACAACUUGCUUAUCAAACAUUAACGAAUGUAUGAAGUAAAAAAACAAUUAAGACGACAAACAAACAAAAAACGAUUUGAAAUCAACUCACAAAAUCAUUGACAAGAUUUGAGACUAUGAUUGGAUAUUCCCUCGUCAUGAAAUACAGCCCACUUCCACUUAACGCAUAUGCUGUCGAGAUGCACAAUACAAACACUGUGUGUUUGUGGUUUCAGUACUCGGGCAAACACUCGUUCACUGAAGUGGUAUGGCCGUUGUACUCAACUCUCAUAAUAUGGUAUUCUCUCACUGAAUGACGUUUGGUUCUUUUACAAUAUGCUGACUCCCAUCCUCGACCUGUGCUUGUGGCGUUGACUGUGGAGAAAAUGAUAAAGUUUCCCUGCUGUCGGCCUUGCCUCCACAACAACUUUUUGGGGACUAUUCUAUACCACAAGGAGGCAAGGGAGGACGGGAAUUGGCAUAUUAGAAAGAACCAAUGAAGACCCAAUUCAAGGGUGUAAGCCAAACUACUUCCUCCUUUUCUUUCCUGGUGCUUGUGGUCUGGUGAUGCAAGAGUCAACAUCAUUUAUGAUUUUUAAGUUUUAUUCAAGGUCUUGCAAAGGAACAAUUAAAAGCUCAUAUCUCAUUAUCUCACCACCACUCACCCCCACCCCCAAACGUUUUCAGGCCGAGUGAGAACCGUGCCGCUGCCCGUUCCCGCUCCUGCACCUUUAUAGCAAAACGUACGGUGUGUUCUCGCUGCAGAUCUUAGCAUCCGCGGACCUGAAAGUUGGUUUGCGGUGUGAAUCGAAAAAAAAUACUGCCGGUUCAUCCGGGUAACCCAGUCCCGUGCGGGAAAAGUUCCCAGCCCAGUAUGAACACGGGUGGUUCGCAGGUAAGCACUUUAGUGCCGAACGUAACUGGUGCGGGCACAGGCAGCGGCACCGCUCUGGGGUCCGUUUCUCGAAAGAGUCUUUGCUAUCGCCGUUAGCAAAGUCCUUUGUAAGAGCGACUCAACUCUUUCGACAGCGACUCUCACCACUGAAUCCAAGUAAACGGUAAGACGGUCUUAAGACGGUUAGCAACGACAAGAAUCGAGAAACGGACCCCUGGUCGGCCUGAAAACGUUAUCGGGCAGGAGGCCACAACCAACAGGAAAAGAUGGGAGAAACAAGUUUGACUUGCAUCCCAUGGGUGGAUUCCAAUAUGCUGACUCCCGUCCUCCCUUGCUCACUUGCCUGCUCAUGACCUCAUGGUGAGGUCACUGAUGAUGACAAAUUAAUUCAAUGUCUUGCAAAAGUACAAUUCUAUUAUUGUUCUCUCCAUGGAGGCGGGGUGAGGCCACAAGCAGAAGUGGAGGUUGAGAGUGUGCAUAUUGGAAUGCACCCCACAUCUUCCCACUCUGUGCUCCCCAGCUCCACUACUAGGAUGACUAGAGGAUGAGUGUCCUUGAACUUGAACUUUUGAACUCUUUGUGGAGUAGCCAGCCCCAGGGGUGGGUUGACCUUUUGAACUUGUAUACACACAGCUGUUGAACUACUGUUCGUGCCCGGUCUCGCCAACCCCUCCCUCUUUCCCUCUCUCCAUUUGAUGGUGUGAAGACUUGAAAGUGCAGCCCAGCUCCUGAAGUGCUGUGGUGUGGGCACCCAACCCCAAAUCCCCUAUACUCCCCAACCUGACCUGCCUCUCUCCACUGACCCCUAACCCCAAAAAGACAACCAUAACCUAAACCCCAUCCCAUUGUCCCGUCCAAACACCCAAACAUUAAACUACACCUCACCCUUCUUUUUCUCCUUCCAUUGACAUUAUGAACCGGAGAGAGGGUGCCAUCGUGACUCAUAAACUGCUGUACACGUCCCACUCCAAAUCACACCCAAGCCCCCCCUCCUCCUAUCCCGGACACAAACCCUUUCAUUACCCCCGCACCUCUCCAUCCCCACCCCCUUCCCAUUUGUGGUACAAAGAUACCUCCUCUUUGAGUGAUGUGCAAAGGGUUUUAAACCAAUAUACUGAUUGGUGUUGACCACAUGAUGAUAAUACACACUUAAUUUAAAAAAUAUGGUAUUUAUUCAUUUCGAAAAGGGAUGUUUGACUUUUUUGUUUGUUUUUUGUUUUUGGACCAUACCAAUUGUAUGACUACCUUAAAUGGGUAGGGCAUCGUAUAGUGGUGUAUCAGACAGUGUUUUCUCUCAAUUGUUUUUGUUCCGCAAUAUCAAAGAUGAGUUUGUCUUUUUCUUUCUUUCUUUCUUUUUUGUUACAGGGUAGAUAGAUGCAUUUGUACUAAGAUGUUUGCACUUUUUUUAGUUGGUCAUGUUUGCGUUCAUUCCUGUAUUCUACUUGAAUUUACAUAUUUUUUUACAUUUGCAAAAAAAAAAGGAAAAAUGCAAAAAAAAUGUAAAAAAAAAACUAAACUUGGACAGAUGAUUGUUGUUACUGUCUGCAUAAGCUACGAUCAGUUAGGGUUGUAUGAAAACGGCAAAAUGGCAGCACCAUGCUCGUCACACGCACUUAGAUUAUACUUUCUUUUCAUUUGUUUUUGUCAUCCGCUGUUUAAAUGUUUUAUUUGCUCUAAAUAAUCAAAUUACACUUGUGUUUAGAUUAUUCACUUGGGAACAUUUUGUUACAUUUAUCUAAGUGAUGCUGUUCUUGUAAAAAAAAAAAUCCUUUUUGACAUCAUAAAGAUCAUUUUUUAAUGAA